CAGGCCCUGCACCCCACAUCCAGUCCUGUUUUGAGGAGGAGGGACAAGAAAUAAACGUGGCAGCGCAUAUAAGGCCAGCGAGAAGACAUCUCCAGCCCACACAGUCCUUCACCCCGUCUGUUCAGUUCUGGAAAAGGAGUUCGGGAUGAAGCUCUAACUGAAGUGAAGGAAGGAAAAACAGCCCUGAAUCCUUGGAGGUCUGUCUGCCUUUGGGGGCUCUGUGCAACUCCCAGCACCUUGGAAAAGCGUAAACUGCCCCUCAUCCCAGGACGUUGGUGCUGGGAAAUCGUACGUGUUGGCAUUGACAGGGAAGGCUAGGGUUGAAGAUACAGAAUAAGUUGUUCUGAAGCACCAAAUGUCCUUGCUAGGCUUACAGACUCUGCAGAACUUGUAAGCCUUGACUGAAGAGCCUCCCUGGGACGUGCACAUAUCCCCUUGGGCAAGCCUGUUUCACACCCUGGAUCUGAGAAUCACCCCAGCUGAACCAUGAGCCGCGUUCGGGAUGCGGGCUGCGUAGCUGCAGGGAUUGUAAUUGGGGCUGGUGCCUGGUACUGCGUCUACAAAUACACCAGGGGAAGAGACCAGACCAAGAAGAGACUGGCUAAGCCCAAGAACCGGGCUUUGGCUGGGACUGGAGCCAGGGCUAGAGUUGGGCUAAGGGCUGGAUUCACAAUCGACCUUGGGCCAGGAUUCAGUCCCCCAACCCCAGUCCACACUAAGGUAGAGGACAGGGCCCAGGAUGAAGCCUCUGCUCUUGAUGCUGCUGGAGCUGAGGCAGUGGCCCUAGCUACUUCCAGUGCUGAGGGUCAGAGUGGGACAGGAAGUCAGGCCCAGGAUGCAGAUGGAGUUGGGGUUGGGCCUAAGGCCGAAUCAGUAGUUGGGACUGCAGCAGUUUCUGCAGUGGUACCACCUCCCAGUGUGGCUGAGGCUCCUGCAACUGCAGAUAACCCCCAGGUGGCAGGGACUUCCAAAGUGACAGAAGCUCCCAGCACAGCAGCAGCUCCUGGGGCAGUGGCACCUCCUGGACCAGCAGCACCUACUGUAGCAGCAUCACCCAAGGAGACGGCGGCAGUUCCUGGGGUGGCAGUACCCACAGAGGUGGCUGAGGCUCCUAAGGUGGUAGCACCUACUGAGGUGGCUGAGGUGGGACCCACAACACCUGUUGGGGCAGCAACAUCUACUGGGGCUGCUACUGGGGCUGCAGAGGCUCCUGGGACUUCAGGGUCCCCCAGAGCAGCAGCAACUCCUGGAACUGCAGCCACCAAGAAGGCGACUCCUGGGGCUCACACUGGGGCUAUACCUAAGGCAGGGUCUCCUGCGACUGGAACUGUACCCAAAGGUGGGGCCAAAGGAGGAACCAGGUCCCGGAAUGGAGGAAAGGGUAAGGGCAAGAAAAACAAGGUUGAAGUAGAUGAACUGGGGCUGGGCUUUCGCCCUGGGGACGGGGCUGCAGCAGCUGCGGCAGCCUCUGCUAAUGGGGGACAGGCGUUCCUGGCAGAAGUCCCUGAUUCUGAGGAAGGGGAGUCAGGGUGGACUGACACAGAGUCGGAUUCAGACUCCGAGCCAGAGACCCAGCGCAGAGGGAGGGGGAAAAAACCCGUUCCCACCAUGCAGAAGCGCCCCUUUCCUUAUGAAAUCGAUGAGAUUCUGGGUGUCCGAGAUCUCAGGAAAGUCCUUGCCUUGCUUCAGAAGUCGGAUGAUCCUUUCAUCCAACAGGUAGCUUUGCUCACUCUGAGCAACAAUGCCAAUUACUCAUGCAACCAAGAGACUAUUCGCAAAUUGGGUGGCCUUCCAAUUAUUGCAAACAUGAUCAACAAAACGGAUCCUCACAUUAAGGAAAAAGCCUUAAUGGCCAUGAAUAACCUGAGUGAAAAUUAUGAAAAUCAAGGCCGGCUUCAGGUUUACAUGAAUAAAGUGAUGGAUGAUAUCAUGGCCUCUAACCUGAACUCGGCAGUACAGGUAGUUGGACUAAAAUUUUUAACAAACAUGACUAUUACUAAUGACUACCAACACCUGCUUGUCAAUUCUAUUGCAAACUUUUUCCGUUUGUUAUCUCAGGGAGGUGGAAAAAUCAAGGUUGAGAUUUUGAAAAUACUUUCGAACUUUGCUGAAAAUCCCGAUAUGCUCAAAAAGCUUCUCAGUACCCAAGUGCCAUCAUCAUUUAGUUCCCUCUAUAAUUCUUAUGUGGAAUCAGAAAUUCUUAUUAAUGCCCUCACUUUAUUUGAGAUCAUCUAUGACAAUCUCAGAGCAGAAGUGUUCAAUUACAGAGAAUUCAAUAAGGGUUCCCUUUUUUACUUAUGUACUACAUCUGGAGUGUGUGUAAAAAAAAUUCGAGCCUUGGCAAAUCACCAUGAUCUCUUGGUGAAAGUGAAAGUUAUAAAACUGGUGAACAAAUUCUGAUUGGGCAUGUGCUCUCAACAGCCUUGAAGAAACUUGGUUUUGCAGUCUGAAAGCAUUGAAAAUGAAAGUUACUGCUUUUCCAGUUGCUCAUAUAGUAAAGGGAUCCUUUCGGCUGCCAGUUUUGAAUAAUAUAUCAUCCAGAAUGGUGUUAUCUGUGACAGUCACCAGCUAUAAGCUGAACCAUUUUAUGAAUACCAAAUAGUCCUCUUGUGCUGAAAACACGUUUGUGACUUUAAUUGUGCUGCUUGGAUGGAAAUGUUUUUACUGGUUCCUCUAUGUGAAUUGACAGUGCACCUGUCCAUUGUGAAUGGCCUACUGUUGUAUUGUUUUAACUUGAAUUUAUCCACCAAAGACAUCAUUUGUGUAUCAUCAAUAAAAUUGUAUGUUUCA